UGGCUCCGUUGCCUGACGUACAAGUGAGAGCUUUCAGCAGUCACACACGUGCCUACGUGGAACUCAAAUCAACGCUCAUGUGUCUGACUUCCUAUUUCCAACCAAUCACCAGCUGUCAUCGGGGCGGGCAGGGGAGCUCUGCCCUGCCAAGCGAGGAACAACCUGAAACAAUCAGAAUAAUCCUCUCUGUGGACUGCUUGACUUCCUCUCCGUCGUCACAUCAUUGAGUGUGGUGGCAGCCCAGCCAGGACAGAACCCUCCUCAACGUAGUGCUAUCAUUGUUAGAAGUUGCCUUUGAGAUGCAGAAGAAGCAGACAGAGAGGAGCCCGCCUGCGGGGGGGGCAGCCGGGGGUCCGCUGGCUAAACAAGCCCAUCAGUGAGUAACAGGGGGAGCCUUGCCGUGCUCACAGACAGUCGUUCGGAGUUCGUUCCUUCCCUCCGGUCGUUCCGGAGUGGAAACGUUGGUGCUGACAGCAUAAACAGACGGACCCAUUUACUUUAUGGACCUGUUGCCAGUGCUGCCUUGGUCACAGCCCUCCGAUUGGCUCAAAUAGAGGCUCAGGCCCAAAUUACUUUGAAUCAGCUCAAGGUUCUUGCGACAAUAACAUCUGCCAACCAGUGUCAUCUCGGCAACAAGUUAUCAACACAACCGCCUCACCCAGCCCUCCUUAAUCGUAUAAUUAAUAUACCACAACUGUCUGGUGUCGGGCUAAACGCAUCAUCCGGAAACACAAACUACACAAACUCUCUGCAGUAUCAGUCAAGAGCCAUGUAUCACCAUCAGUCCCAGCAACAAGGGCCGCCGCAAGCUUUUACUAACAGACCAACACGCCCGUCUCAACAACAACCCGUUCAGCAGCAGCAGGGUCGCUCGGCCACUGAUAUUCUGUCCCAGGUGUUGGGUUUUCAGUUUCCUCCUCCGACACAGCUGCCCGAUGAGCUGGAGUCAGCCCUAGCCAUCAGGGGCUCAAGGGACAUGGACCACCGUCUCAUGGACCAUAUGAACCAACCAAACCCACACCAAAACCAGGGUUCAUCUGAGCCCAGUGGCUACACCAACAGCCCAGUGGGGUUCCCCCCUGAUAAUCAGCCAGGCCACCAGCAAGCGGUGGACUGGUCAAGAUACCCACCACCCAGUAAACUGUUUUCCGGUUCGUCAACUGCUUCCACCCACCAAGCUCAGAGACACCAGCUUCCUGGUGCACAGCAGCAGCAGAGACACCAGCUCCCUGGGGGGCAGCAGCCCCAGAACAUGCAGAGCUGGAGUGCCUCUGGUUCUCCCUCUCCUCAGGCACCAGGCUCUCAGAGUGGAGGCAAUGGUGGAAGAGGUGGAGGUGGUGGUCUGGACAUGCAGGGGUUAUACACCCCAGAGAGUGCAGGAAGCAUCCUGGCUAGCUUUGGACUGUCCAAUGAGGACCUUGAGGUGCUGAGUCACUAUCCCGAUGAUCAGCUGACCCCGGACACUUUACCAUUCAUUCUCCGGGACAUCCAAAUCAACAAGUCACGCAGCACUCAAGGCAUGCCGCCGCCAGCCUCCCGCUCCUCGCCCGUGAGGAUGGGACACUCAGCAUCCGCCAGCGUCUCCAGCCUCCUCAGGGUGACCCAGACAGCGGGCCAGGUCAUUGACUAUGGCCAUGCGAGUCGUGCGACUGAAGAGGGCGGUGGCAGAGAAACCUUCAAGCGUGAGCAGUUGUCCAACGAGAGAACUGUGAAGAUGGUUUACUCUGCGCCACCACCGCCGCAGCCCGCCACGACCAAACACAAAUCAGAAACGCAUGAGCGGCGUCACGUGCGUUUGGAACCUGCAGCCGAGUCAAACAAGCACGGAGAUCUGGACUACCGCCGUCCAAGCAGCGAGAACCGCAAGGCCAAAAGGUCCCCCGCGAGAGAGUUUGCAUCCAAAUAUCUCCGUCCGGAUCGUGAUUACCGGCGGGACGGAGCCGAACCGAGGCCGACGUCUGAAACCAUCAGCGAGAAGCUGUCGUCCAGACAACCCUCCUCCUCUGCAUCCUCGUCCAAACCACAGAGCAGCAGCACCAAGAGAUUACCGGCUCCCACCAUGAUAUGUGAUUUCUCAGCAGAGCCACCAAAGGUCUAUCCUCAUACCUGUUCCCUGUGCAACGCACAGUGUGAUCGGGCCGAGGAUUGGACAGACCAUGUCAAUACAGUGAACCACACCGCCGCCUGUAGAGACCUUCGCAACAAGUACCCUGAUUUGAAACCUGAAAGACCACGGAAGGACCACGAUGGAAGUCGGAGCCCAUGGCCGGCCAGAGGCCACACCAGCUCCCGCUCCCUCUCCUGGUCCCCCAGCCCGUCCCCCAGUAAACACAGACCGGGGCCCCUUCGCCACCGUCCCCACGCCAAGCCCUACCCUGCCCCCCGCCCCCACAGCCAUCAGCGCCACUCAGGUGAUAACUUCCAUUACGACCACCACCACCGCCGCCGCUCCCAGUCCAACAGCCCCAGCCCGGGCCACCAUGCGGGGGGCAACCGGCCAGACAGGAGGUCCUCCGGGUCCCCAGGAAGCUCGUCUCGCCAUGGUCUGAAGCGCACGUACGCCGACCCGCGCUCCAAGCAGGGCCUGCGCUCCAAGGCUGCAGCCCCACGGGGCAUCGCCCACGGGCCGGGGAAGACGGGGACCAAGCUGAAGCCCAGGCCGGUCGGGUCAAAGGUGACGGACCCGGCAACCAAAGGUCCCCCAGCUAAGAAGAAGAAGAGGGGGACCAACUGGCCCCCGCAGGGCUCCGGGGCUCAGGGACAUCUUGUCCACCUGGCCGGCCUCCCUGUGGACGCCACCCUGCAGGAGGUGGCGGAUCUGGUGGGGACAUUCGGCAAGAACACCAUCAACCUGUUGGCCCCUCCUGAGGAGAGGAGCAGGGCCAUGUCCGAAAGAAAGGCGUCGGUGUACAUGGUGAAAGCGGAGGAGGCCCAGGCGCUGGUGGACUGCACCACCCUCAGCAUCAGGCAGCAGGCGGUCACCGCCACCCUAGCCAAGAAACCCGUGGUGGCGCCAGCAGCCCCUGACCUCAAAGGAAAGCCAAGCCGUGAACCCAAGAAACCUGCUGUCAGUGGCAAAGGCAAAGCUCCACAGAAGGCUUUCAAAGAGAAGGGCAUGGUAUUGAUCCAAGGACUCCCUGACUCUGAGUGGACCAAGGCAGACCUCGUCGCCCUGGCCAAGCCCUUCGGUACCCCAUCAGACGUUGUCAUCGCGAGAGGCUGCCAAAAGGCGCUGCUGUGGCUGCCGGAUGUGGCCUCCGCAGAAGAGAUGGUGAAGGUUCACACCGUGACCCCGGUCCAGAUGGAGGGUUCUCAGCUGGAGAUGGUCAGCCUCAGGCUGCCCUGUACCCUCAAAACCCCUGUGGCCUUGUACAAUCUGUUGAAGAAGAGGUCACCAGAGAACACAGAGGAGGAUGAUGCGGUGCCUGGUUCCCUCGGGGAGGCGCCCUGCCCCACGGGAUGGAAGAAUGUGUUGGUGAUCACCAAUGUACCAAACACGCCCUCGGGCCCCGAUGAGGUUAUCCAACUGGUCCGGCGACUUGGAACGUUACGGAACUUUCUAGUGCUUGAGAACCGCAUGAUCAUCUGCGAGAUGGAGACGCCACAGAUGGCGUUUUAUAUUUUCAGACGCUUCCAGAGGUUCCCUGGCGUCGUCCAGAACAAGGUCCUGUUGUUUACCCGCGAGGCCGACCCCAAACUGAAGACUUCCGCCGAUCUCCAUGUGACCAAGUCUUCGCCUGCCAACGGUGACAAGAGCCAAAAGAAGCCAGCAGCUGUCAGGGACAACGCGGACAGAAGAGCAGAGACCAAGACGGGCAAAGCUGAGGGCAAGGGUCAAGUACCAGAGCCCGCAUACACCCAGGACCGCCAACCCAAGACAGAGCAAAUCAAGGCUGCAGAGGAACCGAUGACUGCAGUUGAACCGAUGACUGCAGUUGAACCGAUGACUGAAGUGGAACCUCAGGCUGCAGUGGAACCUCAGGCUGCAGUGGAACCUCAGGCUGCAGUGGAACCUCAGGCUGCAGUGGAACCUCAGGCUGCAGUGGAACCUCAGGCUGCAGUGGAACCUCAGGCUGCAGUGGAACCUCAGGCUGCAGUGGAACCUCAGGCUGCAGUGGAACCUCAGGCUGCAGUGGAACCUCUGGCUGCAGUGGAACCUCUGGCUGCAGUGGAACCUCUGGCUGCAGUGGAACCUCUGGCUGCAGUGGAACCUCAGGCUGCAGUGGAACCUCAGGCUGCAGUGGAACCGAAGACUGCAGUGGAACUCCAGGGUUCAGUGGAACCGAAGACUGCAGUGGAACUCCAGGGUUCAGUGGAACAGAAGACUGCAGUAGAACCAAUCGCUGCAGUGGAGAUGCAGGAUGCAUUGGAACCAAACGCUGCAGUUGAGAAGCAGGAUACAUUGGAACCACAGGGGUCGGUGGUUCCUCCCCUUGGAAAGAAGACCAAGACACCUCAAACUGAUGCUGCAGAGGGCGUGACUCCUGAACUGCCCAAGGUCACCCCAGCGAUGGUGGAGGCGCUGCUGGAGGAAUGCAGGACAAGGAGCCUGAGCCGGCAGGGCCAGCUGGAGGCAGCAGUCCCCCCCUCCAACACCGCCGCCGCCAGAAAACCACAGACCCCCCAAAAGAAGAAGUCUGCAGGCGGGCCGCCGGAGAAGAAGGAGCGAAGCCGAGAGGAGGGGAGAAAGAGGCAGGAGAAGGACUUGGAGAGGGAGGCCCGGCGGGACAGGGAGAGGAGAGACCGCAGAGACCGGGAGCGGGUUCGGGACUGGGAGAGAGAGGAGAGGAGGAAGAGGGACCGGGACCUGGGCUGGAGGGGGGAGGACGAAAGAGAGAGGAGGGACAGAGAGCGCUAUGAAGGAUCCAGAACCCAGCGGGAGGGCUCCUCCGGCUCCAAGUCCUCCGGGAUAUCGGAGGGCAGUCGGCUGAGCUCCAGGAGGGAUGGCCCCGAGAGGAGUACGGCUGAGAAGGCAAACAAGGUUGUGGAUGAGGAGGAGGAGAUGGACUGCUUCCCGUUUGACCUGGACAACUUUGUGACGGUGGACGAGGUGGGGGACGUGGCGGACCUCCCAGACGUCUCCUCUCUCCCCGAGCUCAUGGAGACAGACACGGGGGUCGUGGAGGAGGUCACCAGCGCUGCGGCGGCUGCAGCUGCCUCACAGGAGGAAACGCAGGCCACAGCAUCACUCAGCGCCUUAGAGGAGGGCAUGGCUGCUGGAGACCCGCCCCCGGGGCCUGACUCCCAGCCUGGGGACCCAGUGGACUCAGAUGCUCAGCAGGGGGACCCGGCCUCCCAGGUCCUCCCUGAUCCACUCAAAGCCCCAAGCCCCUCAGACGAGUCCCCGCCCCGGGUCCACAACCCCCCGGGCCAGAAGGUGUCCCCCUCGGAGGCAGAGGCCACAAUCAAACCAGCAGGAACCACACCAGUAUUGGUGGAGGAGAGCAGGUCCCAUUCCAUUUCUGUGGUCCAUUCUUUCCCAGCAUGCACCAUGGUCAUAGCGGGCGACGCCCCCAGUGUUUGGUCAAAGCCCUCCUCCCCUGGCGGCCGUUCGCCAGGAGACACCCCAGAAGAAGAAGAGAAGGUGGACCCCUGUUCGGACCCCACUCAGGUGAAGGAGGAGGUGGAGCCCAUAGUUCCAGGGGAGCCAGGGGGCCAGACCGGGAGCGAGGGGGGGGAGGACGUGCUGCCCUCUGAUGCAGGGGAAGUGAAGGAGCAGGGCUCGGAGGACCUAGAGAAGAGCGAUGUGGUGAGCAGGAAGAGCUCUCCUGGAGACAACGCCCUUAUGCCCUUUGACCCCAGCAGUCCUGUUGGUUUGGAGUUCCUGGUUCCAAAGACCGGAUUCUUCUGCAAAGUGUGCAACCGUUUCUUCACCGGAAGCCAGGAGGCACAAAUCAGCCACUGCAAGACACUGAAACAUUAUGAAAGCCUGCAGAAAUAUUUACAGCCCAAGAAGACGGAAAAACCUCCUGGCAAAUCUACCACAAGCUAGGUCCGCCCAAGACGACCUGAACAUCUAUCAUUCCUUGCCUUUUUUAAACAGUUUCUCCCUGUUGACGACUUAAUGGGAGAAGAGGGUCCAGUGUUUUUCUUUUUGUAAAGUCGUCGUUCCUUUUCAUUUUGAGUCGUUGAUUUUCUGGUUACAAUAUAUUAAUUCAUUUAUUGAAAGUGGAAGUAGGUUGCUAUGCCUAAUAAAAGAGGAUUUUAUUAACUUACCUUCAUGGUCAUCAUUUAUUCAAACUUUUAAAUCGUUAAAGGUUGCGUAGGUGAUUCGCUUUUUUGGCCAUUUUUGCAAAAUUACUUGAAAUCCUUAUCAUAACCCGCUUACAGCCACUGAGUUAGAAGUACUGACAUGAAAAUUAAACUUGUCAAUCAUCUGUGGAACGGGCAGGGCUCGAAAAACUCCAGCCAAUCAUUUCCAUUGCCACCGAGUUUCAUUGGACAGUAAGUACGUCAAUCAAACGGUUAUACUGC